UAAGAACCAAUCACUACAAUUCUAGUAGAAAAUCAUGCAAGAAGUAAAAGUAUUAGAUGGAGGAUUUUCUACACAAUUAUCAACACAUGUGGAUGAUCCAAUAGAUGGAGAUCCCUUGUGGACAGCACGAUUUCUUGUUACAAAUCCAGAAGCUAUUAUUGCUACACAUUUAGAUUUUCUAAAGGCUGGAGCAGACAUAAUUCUUACAAAUACUUAUCAGGCAUCCAUAGAUGGCUUUUCAAAAUAUAUGAAUAUGACCGAAGAAGAAAGUCUUGACUUAUUUUCUAAAGCUGUAGAUUAUGCUAAGGAAGCUGUAAAUUUAUAUAAAAAAGAUAUUGAAAAUAUACAAAUUAUAAAUGCAAAUCCACUGAUUGCUGGAUCUGUAGGACCAUAUGGUGCCUGUUUACAUGAUGGGUCAGAAUAUACUGGCAAGUAUUGCUCACUUGUGUCCAAGGAGAUUCUUAUGGAUUGGCAUAGACCACGUAUUAGACAAUUAAUUGCUAGUGGUGUUGAUCUAUUAGCAAUAGAAACAAUACCAUGUAAAAAAGAAGCAGAAGCAUUGGUUGAAUUACUUAAAGAAUUUCCCAAUAUUAAAGCCUGGCUAUCCUUUUCCUGUCGUACUGAUGGAAAACACAUAGCUGAUGGUUCUGACUUUCAAAAUGUUGCAGUACAAUGUUAUAAAAAGGCUUUAAAAGGGCAGAUUCUAGCUGUUGGGGUUAAUUGUAUUGCACCACAAAAAGUGAGUUCCCUGUUUAAAGGAAUUAAUGCAAACAACAUGCUAGAAUUUAUUCCACUAGUAGUAUAUCCCAAUAGUGGUGAAAUUUAUACAGUGGAAACAGGUUGGAUGAAAACGAAUGAUUAUUAUUCCUUACAUCAAUUUAUACACGAAUGGCUUAAUUUGGGGGUUCGAUACAUGGGCGGAUGUUGCAGAACACAUGCCGCAGAUGUAGAAAAAAUACGAGCAGAAGUAGAGAAAUGGAAAAGUGCCUGAAUCUUAUUAUACUCUCAAUAAUCAAACUCGAGCAAUUACCAACGAGCAACAACUUUGUUAAUUAUGCAUAUAUACAACUUUUUAUCUUUGGAUCGAAAAAUCAUAUAUACGGAAAAUAAAUUUUUAUGUAAUAUUUUUUCCUAUAAAUAAAGUUAUUAUAAAAAUAAAA